AUGUCAAACUCAGACUUUGACCGUUACGACUGGAUGUUCACCUCUCCCCUAAUAAAGAAAGAUCGCGUCGAGAAUCCCAAAGAUAACAAAAGCUCUUCGACGAGACGUCCUUGCUCUCGAAAAAUGAAAGACACAAACAAGGUUUCCUCCAAGCCUGUUGUUACUCACUCUCGGGAAAUUAACGAGGAAGGCAAAGAAAAGAGUAAAAGGCCUUCGAAAAAAAUUGCCACUUCAAAAAUUCAACAGACGAUUCCGGAAGAUACGCACACAAACCUGAUUGACAAUGAAACAUCACCUGGGCCCUCUAAAAAACUGAAAACAUCUAUCUCCACCAAUGAUGAGAGUACGCAGUUCGUGGAGCCCAACGCAGUCGCGAAAUCAAAAUCUGCAAAAAAAUCCUGCUCGCGCAAUCUUCCUGAAAUUCCGACCGAUCAAAUCCCUAUAUUCAAAUCUGUCGAGUAUGUGGCGGAAGCAUCUAACAUUAUUCAUUCUAGCGACAUAAUAAUUGAAUUUAACAAAGAGAAUAAAGACAAGAAACGACGAUAUGAGGACUUUUGUCGUCCAAAGGCAAAAAAUCAUGACGACGAGUACCGAAAAUCUAUGAACUAUGAAGGAAUAUUGGAAGUCAGAUUGGAACACCCUGGAUCUGAAGUUCAAGAGAGAUAUCUGGUUGCCGAAUGUAUAGGCCACCGCAAUAAAGAUGAAUACAGGCCCAUCGAUGAUCUUUUACGAACGGUGAAAGUAAUCAUUGAAACGAUGUUGACUCCGGAGGCAGCUGAGAAAUUCGAGAACCCGGAUAUUUUGCUUAAAGAAGAAAAGCCUACAAAAAAGGGUAAUAUUGAGCGGAGGCUUGACAGAGCUAAGAAUCGGGGAAACUUUGAUGAUUUCGUCAACGCGAUCGAUAUAUUUAAUCAAUACCUGCAAGAGGAAAAGAAAAGGGGUGGACUCCUUGCCGAUCAUGUGAUCAACCCGGAUCCGAACAAUUCUGAAUAUCGCCAAUUGAUUCACCACAUUGUUCAGCAAGUCUAUGAUCGCGUAGUCGCUCCACAUGUGGACUUGAUUAAAAAAGGUAAAAUGCUUCAUAUCUUGAGAAAAGGUCGUGGAAAGAGCGAGGACUAUGGAGAACUCUUACCUCCUUUCAUUGAUGAUAUCAUUGAGAAAACUAAAAUGAACAGUGACUCUAUAUUUUUUGAUCUGGGUUCAGGUGUUGGGAAUGUUCUAUUGCAAGUGGCCGCUCAAGUGGGGUGCAGUGUCUAUGGGGUUGAGAUCAACGACGCACGUUAUCAAAUUUCAGUUCGACAGUCAAAGGAGUUCCUAGAAAGAUGCAAUUUAUAUGGCGUAAAACCUGGGAAAAUUUCAGUUGCGAAAAUUGAUCUAAAUUCCCUUUCAAAGAAUAGAGAAUUAUUUGAUUCUUUCAAGAAAGCUUCUGUGGUUUUAGUGAACAACUUAAAUUUCAGUCCAGAGUUAAAUUUCUUACUGAGUAAUCUUUUCCUGGACUUACCGCCAACAUGCCAAAUAGUCUCCCUAUUAAGCUUUGGGGGUUCGGUAACCGAGACCAAAAGAUCUGAUCUGAUAGCAGUAGAGAACGUUAAUGUUGUCGCAUAUCAAGAGAAUUGGGUCUCCUGGACUCACAGAAGUGGACACUAUUUUA